AAUCCAAAUAAUGGAGCAACUCGAGAUAAUAUCACUAUCAAAGCAAGUUUAGAUUUAGGUGAAACAUGGCUACCUGCCAAUCAAGUGUUGAUUGAUGAAAGGCUUUCCUACGGCUAUUCAUGUUUGACAAUGUUGGAUGAAAAUACAAUUGGUAUAUUAUAUGAAGGCACAAAAGACCUAUAUUUUGUUAAGGUGCCAGUGAAUACGACAGCACAAGUUCCCGUUUUUGUGUCUGGCACUGAAGGACAUAAAUCAUAUAGAAUACCCGCUAUUAUCAAAAAUGGGACAGGAGAACUUUUGGCAUUUGCAGAAGGCAGAGUAGCCGGAAGUAAUGAUUUUGGAGAUAUCAAUAUCGUUUUAAAAAAGAGUACCGACAACGGGAAAACAUGGGGUUCAAUGACUACCGUUUUGGAUUAUAACGAUUUGCAAGCUGGUAACCCCGCCCCAGUCUUUGAUAAUUCUGACCCAAAUUUUCCAAAGGGUCGAGUAUUUCUUUUUUAUAACACAGGCAAUAACCAUGAAGGUGAAGUAAGAAAAGGGAUAGGCCUCAGAGAAGUGUGGUACAAAACAUCAACAGAUGGUGGAAAUACUUGGAGCGAAGGCGUAAAUAUUACUUUACAAACGCAUCGUCCUAAUCAACCUUCGGUAAAUCCUGCUUACACAUUCAAAGAAGAUUGGCGGUCUUAUGCCAAUACGCCUGGUCAUGCAAUGCAGUUUGAUGAAGGAAAGUACAAAGGACGAAUUUUUAUAGCUGCCAACCACUCUACUGGUGAACCCCAAAAACAAUUUACCGACUAUGCCUCCCAUGGUUUUUAUACCGAUGACCACGGAAAAACCUUCAAACUAAGUGAAAUAGUAAAGAUUGAAGGGAGUAAUGAAGCGACCGCCACUGCAAUUUCUAACAAUAGACUUAUGCUCAAUGCUCGCAAUCAAAAGGGUGAUAAACGCUCGAGAAUAGUAGCCAUAAGCAAUAAUGGAGGUGAAACUUGGGACGAAACUUAUUUUGAUGAAAACCUACCUGACCCUGUUUGCGAGGGGAGUAUUCUUACAAUCGGAAAGAAAAAAGGGAAAUCAAUUCUGGCUUUUUGCAAUGCCGCCGAUACCAAAAAUCGAGACAACUUAACACUCAGAAUCAGUUUUGAUGAGGGGAAAACAUGGAAAAUCUCGAAGCUGGUUUAUGCUGGAGCCGGCAAAAAAGACAAAUCGCCUUCUGCAUAUUCAGAUAUUGUUAAAAUAAGCAAGAAAACAAUGGGUGUCUUGUUUGAAAAAGAUAAUUAUUCACAAAUUGUAUUUUCAAACAUAAACUGGAAA